UCCUUAUAUAUAAAGUUCAUAAACAUACAUAUUUGCCGUAAUGCUGCAGGUAUUUGUAAUUUAACCUACAUGUAAUUUGACCAUUAAAAGUUGGCUAGCAAAAAGAAUCCUAAGCGGAGUGUUACGGAAGUUGUCGUUGUUAUGGUGGUAACUUAACCCGUCACUAAGGAAAAAACGACAGACUCGAGUCGCGGGAGAAUAAACGUUAACAGAGCACCCAAACCACCCCGUGUUCCCUCUUUACUUUAUGGUUUCUAGUGAUACGUGUUGAACAUGGAGAGACAUAACUUGGGAAAAGAAAGGCUCAUUGUACCCACUGAUUUUACUUCACCAGCGGUUUCAAGGAAUAUCCAAAAAGACCUGGUACCACCGUCGCAUUUCACAACGAAUGUCCAGUCUGCUGGAGCACACAGAGGCACACAAAUCCCAGGGACACUGCCACCAAUCUCCUGGAUAAACCCAGCGCGAACAUCAGUACCAUCAGGGGAUCCCAGUCCUGUCAAUCCAUGGCUCGCCAUCACUCAGGCCCAACAGGAAAUCUUGGAGUUGAGGAAGGAAAAUCAGAGGAUCAUGAUGUUACAAGGAGAUGGCAUCAGAGGAAUGAUCCCUUUGGAUCGCCCAUCAGACCUCAGGGCAAGAUGUGCAGAGAGAAGUGAGCAGUGGUCAAGAUGGGAGUCAGAGUGGCAUCUGGAGGCAGAGAAGCACAAGGCCGAAGCUGAGAGGUUGAAGGGCCAGGUGGAGGCCCUGAAGGACACUGCAGGGAGACACAGGGAAGAGAUGAGGGACAGAGACAACACCCUGAACAGACAGAGCCGUGAGUUGGAAGCAAUGCGUGAAGAGCUAUGUAAGGCUAAGACUGAACUCGGCCAAAUCAGAGAGGAGCUCACUCAUCGCAGUGCACAGAAGGAGAAAAUAAGCUCACAGCAUGAAAGAUUAAAGGGAGAGUCUGGUGAGCAAAUUACAAAGCUGAAGAGAGAUAUAGAGAGGAGCAAAGGGGAAGCCCAGGAGCUUGCUCUGAAGGCUGAAAUGGGCAGGUUACAGGCUGAGGAGGAGGCCAAACGGCGGACUCUUAGACUGUCACAACAGCUGGAGGAAAUGCAGAAGAAGCAGGAGGUGGAGCUGCGCCAAUUGAAUGCUUCCCACUGUGCAGAGUUGGAUGCUGCAAGAAAAACAAACAGUGAACUACAGGACAGACUUCAAUCAAUGACCUUAGAAAUGCUGCAGCUAAAAAGCACUCUGAUGGAGGUAACGACUGAGAGAAAUGGGCUGAAAGAACAUUUAAGCCAAAUGGGACAAGCUUUUGAGACACAAUCAGCAACACUGCACAGCCUCAGAAAUUACAUCGGCCAACUUGCCCCAGAGAAAGGAGAGAAGGAACGAUUAAAUGACACCGUUGAGAGGCUGAACAAAGAGAAAGCAGCUCUUCAGAUGACUGCAGAGCUUUUGACAGUCAGGCUUAACUCUGUUAAUGAGAUACUCACCCUGCAAGAAGAGAAAAUGGUGAAGAAGACCUCAAUAGAUCCACUUGUGAAGAAUGGAUGUGAAGGCCUUCAAGUGCUUCAGCUCUGGAGAGAGAAAGUGUUCAAGUUAUGUGUCCAGCUUCGCUCAAAGGACAUUGAACUUAGAGGAGAGAAGGAUAAACUUCUUUCAAAAGCCAGAUCCAUGGAGCAGCAGCUCCAGCAGGAGCAGCACCGGGCUAGUGUGCUCCAACACAGUUUAGAUGACAGGAUAGCUGAGCUGGACCUGGAGAGAGUGGAAAAAGAGACACUGAAACAGGACUUGGUCAAGGCUCAGAAGGAAAACUCGCUGCUGAAGUCACAGAAUCAAAAAGAAGAGGCUGAGCUUAAAACCCUUACAGAAGCAGUUCAUAGGUUCAGUCUGGCAUUUGAAAGCAAUGUGGCAGAAGUGGAAUCAGCUCAAACGAGGCUCAACACUUUCACCCAGAGGCUAACGUUUGCUAAAGGACGAGUGGAGACAAUCCAAGGUUUGACCAUGAGGAGGAUUGCACUGCAGAAAGUUCAGCAGGCCAGUAAACAGGAAGAACAGGCUGCUGACAGCAUCACAAACCUCCAGACAGAGCUUAGUUUGGUGUGUGAAGAGAGAGACAAGCUCACACAGGAGCUCAAAAGAACCCCGGAGCUCAUCGAGAAAGCGCUGGCUGACCUGAAAGAACAGUAUGAGAGCAAACUGAGGACGCAGCAGCAGGAGCUGGAGCAGAGCUGGAUGGAGGUGCGGCAGGCUGUGGCUGGCAGAGAGGAGGCGGAGCAGAGCUUGCAGCAGAUCCAGGCCCAGCUGGAGGAGACCAAGGUCAACCUGGAGAAACUCCGGUCUGAGCUGCUCAGCCAGCAGGAGCACAGCAAACGUGCCCUGCAGGAGAGAGUGUCUGAGAUCCAGGACCUCUGCGCUGAGAAGCUUAAAGAGAUGGAGGUUCAAGUCAAUACUGCCAGGAGAGAUCACACCAAAGCAGUUAUGACUUUGCGGCAGUUUGAGAGAGAGGCAGCAAGGAAACAGGAUGAGAUGAGAGAAACUCAACAUUUGGGGAGCAAACACACAAAGUGGGACGUCCAGAAUAAACAACUGAACGAGACGAAGAAAGACAAAAAUCUACUGCUGGGCACCAUUGCUGAGAGAGGGCUGACAAGUGACUAUACAAGAGCUCUGCAAAACUCUGCUGCUCCCAGGGAACAUCGAGACAAACCUUCAGAGAGGAAUCGCUCUGCAGGAGCAAAAGUCAAACUACCUGCAGAUGAGAGACUCUGGUCUGUUUUGGAGGAGCUCCAUACUCUCAGUGCUGCAGUGGUAAACAGCUCUGAGGACUCUGCGGAGGACGAGGGGCAGAUUGACAGCGUGGGACCAUCCACAGACAGUCUGCACAGCUGAUACCUGACGAUGAUUCAUGAGAGCCAGUGAACUCACCUUUAAAUUGUACAAAAGGUGGGCAGUGUUGAUGCUUUAGGAGCUAAAAAUAUACAGUGGAAAGAAUUAGUUUGAGCCAAACUCAGAAGACCAUGCAUGUCACAUUGCUACUGGGUGGUGGAUAAGAAGAAUCAUAGCUAUCUAGUGCAGACACAGUAUGCUUAAAUGUAACACAAAUGUAAAUUCAAGUUUAUAAAACACAAACAAACAUAAAACACGUCUUUGCGUCUGAACAUUUUCUUCUGUAGACAUUUUUGUGAAAUCUAUACAAGCAUGUCUCAACCAAAGUGAAUAUCUAGAGUUGCAGUUUCAGAAUAAUCUUGAUAUAUUAUUUUAAAUGAUAUUUCUCUUUAAAAUUGGUCCCAGAAUAGUUAAUAUUGUUUCCGUUGAGUCAAUGAAAUGCUCCAAAGUUUAACAUCACCCUUUGAUAAGUGUUGUGUGAAGAUACAUUCUUAAAUGAAUAUUUUAAUAUAAUAUUUUUACUGCAGAUUAAAUAAUAGAACUGAUGUUUAUUUAAGAGAAAUGGACAGAUGCUGAUGACUUCAGUAAAUAUGUGACCGGAUUUGUCAGUUUGAGCUUUUUAUCAGAUGGCAAAGAGAAGCUGCCAGACAAGAAAACAGCUGACAUAUGUGAACAGAAGUCUGACUCUGAUUGUAGAAGUUUAUGGUCAAAGUAUUUCUUUGUUAUGCAGAAACCUAAUAAAAUAUUUUUAUAUUGU